AUGCCAUUAUCAUUAACCUCAAGAAAAUCAUUAAAAGAUAAUGAAGAAACCUUCAAAACUCAUUUAGCUACCAUUGAAAAAGCUUUAGGUGAGCCAUUUGAAAUUGUAUUUGAUUUUGAAGAUAUCAUUACCAAAUGCAACGAUAACUGGGUAACCAAUAGCUGUGGCUCAAUCUUUUACAAAGAUGUUGUUGGUAAUUUAGCUAAAAAUAUCGAUACUAAAGUAAGCAAGAAUGAAAUGGUAAAAGAAGCUUUCUUAGCUGCUGUUCCAAAUAAGAAAAUUGUUUUUGUAGCUGCUGAUGAAAAAUUACCAUCAUACUGGCAAUAUUCAUUCGCUGAUGGAAACUGUGUCGUCUCAUUCCGUCCAAAAAUCUGCAACACCAAUGAUGUAUUUACUGCUAAAUUAGAAACUCUUCUUCCAUCACAAGGCACCUACUCUUUAAUGACUCGUUUGAACAUUAAAGAAAACCAAGCUAAAAUGGAUGCCAAUUUAGCAGCUGUUAAAAAAGCAAUGAAAUCAGAUGCUGAUUGGACCAUUGAUCAAUCAUCAUUAGAAGCCGUUUACCCACAUGUUGCUGAUGAUUUAAAAAAUAGUUUUGGUCAUAUUUUUGCAGGUGUUGUCGAAAAAGUUGCAGCCAAUCUCGCUAAACGUUGUGCUGAUGAAAUGGUAUUAGAAGCUGUACAAGAAGCCACCUCAAAUCGUACUAUUGUUAUUAAACACAAUGCUACUCAAAAUGGAUAUUGGUUAUGGUCAUUUGAAUCCGGUAAUUUAGUUAUUUCAUUCAAAUCAAUUACUAAUACCAAUGAUGUUCAAACUUUCGAUUUCAUUAAAUUAUUAUAA